GGAGGCUACUUCGCCGCGGUGGCGCGCGCCGAGCGGGCGGCGGCGCCGACCUUUGGCACGACGCUGUCGCCGUGGGAGGAGGUCGCGGAGUUCUAUGGCUUCUGGCUCGGCUGGUCCAGCCACGCUCCGUAUCCGCAGGCAGAGAGGCACGGCGUGGCGGCGGUGGCGGCCGCGCCGAACCGCCAGGUGCGGCGGCUGAUGGAGGCCGAGGACGAGAAGCUCCAGCGGCAGGCGCGCAAGGCCUUCUCGCUGCGCGUGCGCCGCGUCGCGCAGGAGGCGAACCAGCACGACCCCAGGGUGCUCCGCAGGCGCCAGGAGCGGGAGCGCGAAGAGCGCGAACGCGAGCGCGAGCGCGAGCUGGCGAGGGCGGACCGGGAGGCGGAGGACGAGGCGCAGGGCGACGCGCGCGCCGCGCGCCUCGGCGCCGCCCGCGCCGCGGACGAGGCGCGGUGGGCGGCCGCCGGCAAGCGGCGCGCCGCCGGCGAGGACGGCGGCGAGCACUGGAG